GAGAAUGGGAAGAAACUGUUGACAUUGACAAGUAUGAAAUUGUCAAAUGUAGAUCUGUAUUCUAUAGAAAAACAAUAAUAUUUUGGUGUCUCCGUUAUAAAUUGAAAAAUGUCGUUUAUAUCUAAUGCUCUAAUUGGUAAUCCAUUUUCAACUACCGUGGGUAGUAAAAUCGAACAAGCUACUGAUGGCUCCCUGGCAUCAGAAAAUUGGGCCCUUAAUAUGGAAAUAUGUGAUCUUGUAAAUGAAACAGAUGAUGGACCUAGAGAUGCAAUUAAAGCAAUUCGAAAGCGGCUUACACAAAAUGCAGGAAAAAAUUAUACCAUUGUUAUGUACACUCUGACUAUAUUAGAAACUUGUGUAAAGAACUGUGGAAAGAAAUUUCAUAUUUUAGUGUGUAACAAGGAUUUUAUACAGGAGCUGGUUAAAUUAAUUGGACCAAAAAACGAUCCACCAACAGCUGUACAAGAAAAAGUUUUGAGUUUAAUUCAAUCGUGGGCUAGUGCUUUUCAAAGCAUACCAGAAUUGUCUGGUGUUACUACAGUAUAUCAGGAUCUUCUAGCAAAAGGAAUAGAAUUUCCUCCAACUGAUUUAGAUUCACUAGCUCCUAUACAUACACCUAAAAAGAGUGUAACAAGUUCAGAUAUACCAUUAUCAUCACCUAAACCAACUUCUCCCAGACCUGCUACGGUAUCUCAUGGAAUAUUGACACCCGAACAAAGGGCCAAAUUGCAAUCUGAAUUAGAUGUGGUACAGAGCAAUAUGGCUGUUUUGGGAGAAAUGUUGUUUGAAGUUAAACCGGGAGAGGAACAACCCGAUGAACUCGAAUUGUUACAGGAAUUACACGUUACGUGUAAAAAUAUGCAAAAAAGACUGGUAGAAUUGAUCAACAAAAUUUCUAAUGAUGGAAUGUGUGAAGAACUCCUCAGAAUUAACGACGAGCUUAAUAAUUUGUUUCUAAGGUACAGCAGAUGGGAAAAGAACAGAGACGUUGGAAUCAAAUCCGCUUCAACGGUUCUUGCUAAGGCUAUGCCUCCGACGUCAUCUUCUACUACUACUACUACCACCCCCAAACCACCAUUGGAAGCUAGUGAUAGUCUUAUAGAUUUUGACGAUGUACCAAAGUCUUUAAAUGGAUUAACUCUCACUCCAAAUAAAUCAGCGGGAGAUGCAUCUGGCGAAAUUAACGAAAAGACAACGACAGACGAAUUUGACAUGUUCGCUCAAUCUAGAAACGUUACUUAUGAAAGUUCCAAGAAGAGUGGAAGCACUUAUAAGGAUAAUAUUGAUCCUAAUCAAAUUUCCGGUGGUUUGAGCUCUAUAACUCAAAAAAAACCGACCAAUCCAGACGAACUCGAAAUUGACGAAAUGGCCAAUUGGUUAGGUAGAACGACUGGAAUCGAGGAAUCUGUGACGAGUAGUGAUUUUGACAGGUUUUUAGCGGAAAGGGCCGCCGCAGCUGAAAAUUUACCGACUAUAGUUUGUACAACGAGUAUAAAAACGACGGAUACAUCCAAAGAGAAAACAACCGAUAAAUCGGCUAUAUAAUGAUAAGUGUAUAAUUAGAAUAUGAUUGUGGAAAAAAGUUACGUUACCCCCCUUUUAUAAACGAUUAAAAUGAAAAUUUAAAAAUCAUAAUAAAACUUCAAAUCCCAUAUUUCACUUAUUAGUUACUGAAAAAUUAGUAUUUGAAGUUAUUUCGUAACCAAUUAAUUUUAUUGAAUCUCGUAAAUGAUAAUUAUUAACAAUACUUUGUUUGAACGAUCAUUGUGAUUAAAAGGAAACUAAAACGGUCUGGAAAAUUCAAAAUUCACAUUAUUAAUUAGCUUAAUUCAAUAUAAUGUUCUUGAACUCCUUACACUCAGUGUACAUAUAAAGUAAUACUGAUACUAGAUAAAAUUGUUAAUUUAAUAAGACAAAAGCAAAUUAAAGACUAGAACAAAAACUAACAUUCAAUCAGACUAAAUGUAUUGAUUCAAUAGUAGCUACACUUCGGUAAUUAUUUUAGCUCCUCUUGUCUACUUUCUUGUGAUUGAGCACGUUACCUGUUGGUACCUUUUAUUCGUUUCUAGCUCUAUUAUUUUUUGCCCAUAUUUUUCAAAAUUCCUCCAAUAAUACUCAUGCCCAGCUGUCUCUCCUUGUCAUAGCAUCUGUAUUUAACUCUUCAUAUUUCGUUUGUUCUCAGCUCACGCUUCGUUUGCUCCUCAACGAUCUUCAUUUUUUAAUUGAGUUUCCAUUUCUGUAUUUGUUAUGUUUAAUUACUUGUUGCCCAUUUGGUUAUCUUUUACUGAAUAUUCCAUUGUAUUUCCAUUUUUCUUUGUUUAGUUUCUUUUCAUCUCGUAUUUUUACAUUCCACCAUGCAGUCUGUUCUUUUCAUUCCUGUUAUACCACAUCUUUAUUUGCCUGCUCUCACGAAUGUAUUUCUAAAGAAUUCCCACAGUUCUUUCAGAGAGGUUAUGGUUGGUUCAUCACCUUACUUAACAGAUACCUAAUCUAAUCUAAUCUAACUCUGGGCAUAUUCUUAAAGGUACAUUAUUAUCGCUUAGUCUGUAGUUUUUAAUUGUUUUUUCCAUAUUUUGAUGAAGCACUGUAUUUUUCAUAGUUAAAAACAUUGCUAAAUGAACGCGCAUUGGUCUAUAGUCAAUAAACAAUUCCAACAUUGGAAGGAAUGAGCUUAAAAUUUGCUAGAUCAAGGGAAAAAUAUAAAAAUGUAAUUGUGGUGACUUCUAUUCGAUAUUUUUUUCAAUGUGAUAAAAAUAAAUUGUCUAAAUUUUAUUUAUAGGUACUUACAAAGAUAUUUUUACGUUGCAACAUCUACAACUACAUUUUUUUUUCAUUUUAAUAAUUUUUUUUUGUUUUCCGUCCGAUGAUUGGUUACAAAUAUCGCUGUUCUAGUUGAUUUCUGUAUUUAUAGCAACAUUACGUGAAAUAUUGGAAGUGGAGUUUGACAAUGAAAAAUAAAAGCAUUAUGUUUAAACUGUCAUGAUUAAGAUUACCAGAAUAAAAAAAAAUUAUGAAAUUGUUAUGCUUCAUUUUAGAUUAUUUAUAAAACAUAUACAUAGCUUUAAAUAGGGGGAAAUAUUUUUUGCGCCUUUAUUCUGGAUCAAUGUAUUUUUUCUCUUAGCUCUUUUGAAAUAAGUUAGACGUACGUGUCCUCAAUGGUUCAUAGGUUAAUCCAAAUUGUCAAUCAAAAAAAUCUUUCUAUCAGUGCAUAAACUACAAUACUACCACAUUUCGUAGAAAUCCGAGUUCAUUUCACUAUUUCCGGUCUCCAUUUUGAAGCUACCAUUUUGUUUAUGAAAAAACUAACCCCAAAUACAAAAUCAGCGACCGAAAAAAAACUCAUAUACCAAAUUUCGUCGUAAUUGUAGAUCAUUUCACUACUUCCGGUCUCCAUUUUCAGGUCGCCAUUUUGUUAGAAACACAACCAACCCCAACGUAAUCACACGAUAAACCCCCAAAUACCAAAUUUCGUGACAAUCGAAGUUCAUUUCACUACUUUCUGUCUCCAUUUUGAAGCCGCCAUUUUGUUUAUGAAAAAACUAACCCCAGAUACGUAUUCAGCGACCUGGAAAAAACCCAGAUACUAAAUUUUAUCGUAAUCAGAGUUCAUUUCACUACUUCCGGUGUCCAUUUUUAAACCACCAUUUUGUUUGUGAAAAAAUAACCGCAGAUACGUAAUAAGCCUCCGGAAAAAUCUCCAAAUACCAAAUUUCGUGUCUAUCGGAUUUCAUUUCACUACUUCCGGUCUCCAUUUUGAAGCGACCAUUUGAUUAGUGAAAAAACUAGCCCCAAAUACAUAAUCAGCGUAAUCAACCAUAUACCAACCAUCAACCAUUCGUGUUUAUCAAAGCUCAUUUCAAACCUCCGCAUACUCAAUCGGUUCGUUUUAAAGACUUAUGUCCAGUUUUUCGGUCUUUUGCCCCACUGUGCGACAGACGAACGAAAAAUUUGGAACGACAGAAAAAACGCCUCCCUUUAAAAAAUUAAUAUUUUUGGUACCACCAUCGUUUUGGUUGACAUUCUUGAACAACUUAUUUAUCUAGAGGGCAAUCACAAACAUAAUUUUGCUUCCAAAAUAUUUAUAUCAAGCUGUUUAUUGGUGGAUGCUUUAUAUUAUACAAUUUUUAUUCUACUGUAAUUUAUAAUUGCGACAAUUAUUUUUUUGUCAAAAAAAACAAAUAUUUUCCAAUUUAGAUUUUAAUGAAACAUUCCAUGUGAUUGGUAAUAGGUUAAAAUUAUUGUGUUAUAUAGCGACAUAUAUUCAAACAAUCGAGUUUGAAAAACCGUUAUUUUUAAAGGAGGAAGUAGAAAUUCUUCAUAUUAUAGAAUAUUCCUUCUCACUAUCAAAUAUUGUACAAAUCCAGUGAUUCAAAAUGUCUGCGGAUAUAUGUUGGUAUAGAUUCAUUUGGUGUCACCUACUAUCCUCCUGAGCUAGUUUAUUUCUUACAAAUAUUUUAGGUUAUAAUUGACCUGUUGCUGAAGUCAGGAUCAUUGAAGAAGCUAGAAGUUUCUCCAUAGCAUCCACAGCAAAAAAAGCUCCAGUUUGGGGGGCCACCAAAUGAAGAAGAGUCACACAUUAUCGAAAACCAGAGUCAAACCAAAAAAAUACUUUAAGAGCUUUGAACCUAAGUACCAUAUGUAUCAAAUUGACUAAGGCUACAAAAUUUGUGUUUAGUUAUGUUAUAGAUACAAGGUUGUGAUUUUAUUGGAAUAAUUGUCAUGUUAAUGUUUUUUUCUUCAUGAUUACUAACACACCAACUUUUAAAAGUGUUACAACUCCUUUUUAUAUUUAUUUUCCCAAGUAAAUUUCAAUAGACACUGAUAAGAGUAGAACAGUUUUUGGUUCUGGAGAAAGUGUACCGGAAGUAUCCUUCUUCGUGGAACUACAAUAAUUCGAGACUGAUACAUCGUCCAAGUAACUCUUAGAAAUGAAUUGAUUCAUCAUUUGUGCAGAUAUUGGGCUUAUUUUCAGUCCUAAAUAUGCGUUGUAGAGUGAGUUAUAGAUCACUAGAUAUGAAUCUCAUAGGAGAGUUCUAGCAUAGUCUCAACAGUUCUGACACAUUCUAGAAUAAUAGAGGUAGGAGAGUUCUAGCAGAGUCUCGUCGUUUCUAUACCAGUUCAGAGAUAGUUCUACCACAAUCUCGCUAGUUCUAAACCAGUUCUGAGAGAGUUCCAGCACAAUCUCGACCGUUCUAAACCAGUUCUGAAAACAUAUGUGAGAGUUCUGGCACAUUCUAGAGUAGUAGGGAGAGAUUAAAUUUCACAUGUUUUAUUUUUUCUCGUAUCCUUUCUUUUUAUACCACAUCUCUUAAAAGGUGGAGGUACUAGGGGAGUGCAGUACUUUUGAAAGUAAGGUUAGAAAGAUGAUUCAUUUAUUUCUCUUUGGUUAUUACAAAAACGGGUUCUGCAAUGCCAGUAUAAAAACUGGUUAUUUGAAAAAGGAUCUGAUCAUUUAAUGUAAUUAUUUAUACUGCCAUUGUUGAAUCUUUCCAAAGUAAAAAUAAUAUUUAUUGAUUGCACUAUAUAUAAUUAAGUGUUGUUAUAAAUCAUUUAUAAUACUAAAAUUGUUAAUUAUUUGAACUUAUAUAUCUUGUUUUAAUAUGUAUUAAACCAAUAAAGGUAUUUAUAUAUUCA